GAAGGGAACUCAUUCAGGUUGGGUCUCAAGGUUUUCAAAGCUCUCCAUUGCAUCCCUAGUUCUGACCCAACAUUAAUCCACUGAGAGGUUUCACUCUGAACAAUGGAAGAUUUCUGCAUUAACAACACAUCACAGGACAACAGCGACUAUUACAGCGACAACACCUCCAACAGCUACAAUUACAGCAACAACACUUACAACAAAGAUAACUAUGACCAUCACGUUAAUCAAAGGUUCAUCCUACAAGUGACAACAUACAUAAUCUCUGGUAUCGGCCUUCCUUUGACCCUGGUUGCCAUCUAUGCUCUGUAUUCUGAGGUGAAGAACGAUCAUGUUGCUCCGAUCUACGUCAUCAACCUUCUCAUUUCUGACCUCAUUCAGUUCUGCUGCUCGAUUGUUGAGGUGUCACCAUUUAAUGAUCGGCUGGACAUCGUACAUUCAACCUUCUCUAUCAUAUACGUCUACAGUCUGUUGGUCAGUGUCUGCUUCAUGGUGUGUAUCGCCCUGGAAAGGUUUUUGGUCAUUGUCUGUCCACUGUGGUACCGCUGCAGACGAUCCAUAAAGAGAUCUGUGCUAAUCAGUGUCCUGGUCUGGGUUUUUCUUCCUGGCCUUUACUUAUUAAUAGGAUAUUUCAUUUUCACCCCCUCCCAGAUCUUCCCCAUCUUCUUCCUCCUUCCCUUCCCACUGUUCAUAUUCUUCCUUGUUGGGGUCCUGAAAGCUCUGUGUGCUUCAACCUCCGUCCACUCUGAUGAAAAACGACGAAUUGUGGGAAUUUUGGUUCUGGUGCUGCUUAUUUACACACUGCUGUUCCUGCCAUACAUCAUCUUUAGGAUGCAGGAAGAUAGAUUUACCAAUACCAAUACCCACUACAUCCUGAGUUUAAUAUGUGUUAGGUUGAGUCCUCUUGCAGACUUGGUUCUGUAUAUUUUCAUGAGGAAGGCGAUCUUAGAAAAGGUUUUGGCCUCUGUGUGUUGUUGCAGAAAGGACAGCAAUGAUAUCAGCAGUUCAUCAGUGAGAGAGAGAGAGAGAGAGAGAGAGAGAGAGAGAGAGAGCACAGAGAGAGAGAGAGAGACAGGGAGAGAGAUUAUUCUUAAAUCUUUAUGGUUUGUUUAACACAGAGAACAUCUGAACAGAUCUUUAGGACUUCUUUCUCUUUGACCUCUCAUACACAUUUAAUUUAGUUAGAACUAAUGUUUGUUUAUCCAAAACUGUCUGUUUCCAGUUUUGUUCAAUCUUUUGUAAAAAUGACAAACCAAACUACAUAUUAUUUGUUAUCUUGAUUGAAUAUCAGUUUGAUUUUGGUGUUUUAAUGGUAGGUGUGCUAGUUGUUAGGAUGUGAUUCAGAGCAGGUAUUGUGUGCUCAGCAAUAUGGAUAAAGUCUUAUA